UUACUUAUAAUAAACUAGUUUGCUUAAUCAAACCAGCCAAAUUAUAAUGAACGCCUUUUGUCCCCUCGGGGCAGCCGUAGACGCAGAGUCCCGCCUCCAACCCAAAGGUGAAAGCUAUGAGGGUAAAAAGCCACUUCUGGGGGUUUGUGAAACAGCCGCUGGGUGUUUAUUAAACUCGCGUGGACGCCUCUCGGGGAUGCGGGUGCUGAGCUCCUCGUGGUGAGUUUGCGGUCGCCGUUUGGCGGUGGGAAAAAAUGGCUUCGCUGUCUCUGCUGCUCCGGUUCCUGGUCGUCGUGACAGCUCAUGUGACCGAGGCUCGCUGGGGGCCGAGGAGCCGCCUCAUCCUGACCGAGGGCUCUCAUCACCCCCCGGGAAACACCCCCAGUCCUCAGCCCGGUGCUGGCCCGGAGCCUGGUGACCCGGCCCCGGCGUUUCAGGUGCCAACCCUGGACGGGAAGUUCUCCUACGACCCCGCUGAAGGCGCCCUGAAGGGUCCUCUGGUCAUCCACGCCUUCACCAACAAGUCCGGGUUCCUGGAGAGCCUCUGGAGCUCCGAGUCCUCCCUGAAGAGCCUGGUGGAAGGUUUGCCGGAUCGCGCCCAGGUUCUCUUCCUGUCGCUGGACGACUCAGCGGUCAGCGAUGUCCUGUGGAUGCGGGAGCAGCUGCACCUGGCCGCCGCACACAGCAGCUGGAAGGGGGUUCUGACCCGGCUGCACUUCUCUCCUCUGCCGGUCUUCGCCUUGGGAAACUGGAUCCCCAACGUGCUUUAUUACUGGGGCUGCAUUGGGCACAACUGUGGCCUCUCGCAGGCUGUUUUCACUUCUGACGGAUGGAAAUUGCCCAUCGUUGUUAAGAGGCUGGACGCCAGGUAUGACUGGCUCAUGGCACGGUGGAGCAAUAAUCUCUAUCAGCUGGCUGAUGUUGGAGACGGGUGUGAACCCUCGCCGUCUUUAGGGGGCGCUGUGGCCUGGGUGUCAGAAGGAAACUGCUCUUUCUUCACUAAGGUUCAGAGCAUGGCCAAGUCCAAUGCCUCCGGUGUCCUUGUCUAUGCGCUCCCCGGUAACCCGAUCCAGGACAUGAACUGUGCAGGAACCGAGUGUUUCUCUCCUCUCGGUAUCCCCGCUGCCAUGGUGCAUCUGGAGGUUUCGGUCGCUCAGGCGCUCCGGUCCGGACAGGUUGUGAAUGUUUCUUUUCAGACAACUCCAUCCCCAAAUUUCUUCAUCAGCAUUGACCAGCAGGGGGCGCUAGCUGAGAUGGGCUGGUUCCUCUACCCAUCGUUUAGCUUCGUCAACUGGCAGGCCCAGUGGUUUGGAUUCUCUGCUAAUUUGCAGAGCAAACUCCAAAGUCCUGCAAAAGUCACCCCGGUGUUUGAUCAAGUCACAAUGCAAGGCGACAAAGGAGCGGUGGCCACAGUCGACCUGCCGUCAGCAGAUCUGUGGGACUUUGACACGCUGGAGCUCGACGCGUCGCUGUCGUGUCCGGGUAGGAGGGACUCGUCCUGCGCCCAGUGGGACCACACCGUCCAGCUGUUCGUGUGCUGCGACCCGAUGAGUCCGCACUGCAACGUGGAGCUAGGACGGUGGAUCACAGCCUUCCGAAGGGGGUCUGGACACUGGCUGACAGAUGUGUCCCCUCUGAUCCCUUUGUUGGACAGCAACAAAUGCACCUUCACAAUGAAGACGGCGCCCUGGGCGAUGCCUUGGGUCGUUUCCCUCAACCUUAGAUUUAGCGUCAGCAACCAGACAGGUGAAGACUUUGGGAAGCUUCGUCCCUUCAGAGUGACGUCUAUGUACAGCGGGGGAACCUUUGACAAAAACUACAACAAGCGGUACCAGCCAACGAAAUUCCCCGUCCCUUCAUCCACCAAGAAGGUGGAGCUGUAUGCUGUGAUUACGGGCCACGGCAGCGACGAGAACGGCUGCGGGGAAUUCUGCGUCACCUCCCACCAUUUCCUGAUAAACGCCGUUCAUAACAACACUCACAGAUUUGACUCUGCAGGAACAGCUCUUGGCUGCACGAUGCGUGUAAAGGAGGGCGCCGUACCAAACGAGCACGGCACGUGGCUGUAUGGGCGAGGAGGCUGGUGUGACGGCCUGCAGGUCGACCCCUGGAGGAUUGACAUCACCAAACAGCUGAACAUGAGCGACUUUGAAUCCAACACCAUUGUCUAUUUUGGCUUUUUUAACGGGCAGGAUCCAAAUCCAGCUCAGGAGCCUGGAUAUAUCAUCAUGUCGUCUUUUCUCAUCUUCUACAAGUGAUUUUACUUAAUGAAAAGAAAAUCUUCUCAAUUGUGAUUAAUAUUUCUCAGACUGUGCAAUCAAAGAAUACAUUUUUAUUUUUUUCCA